GCGUGACGUCGAUGACACGUGACGUUAACGCGUUCAGCGCAGGCGCAGCGGCCAUCUUUGUGCAGGGGGAGUUAGGAGGUACAUCAGGGCAGACUGUGCUCUCAGGCCGGCGCUUCCAUCUCCUCCGACAUGUCCGCUGAUAACCCGGAGUCCAAAUCACCGGAGGAUAAUUCCACUGACGAGCAGAAGGAAAUGGACGAUAAGGUGAUCAGCCCAGAAAAGGCAGAAGAGGCCAAGUUAAAAGCAAGGUAUCCCCAUCUAGGUCCUAAACCAGGAGGAUCAGACUUCUUGAGGAAACGACUUCAGAAAGGACAAAAAUAUUUUGACUCUGGGGAUUACAACAUGGCUAAAGCAAAGAUCAAGAACAAGCAACUUCCAACUGCUACUCCAGACAAGACGGAAGUCACAGGAGAUCAUAUUCCCACUCCACAGGACCUUCCGCAGAGGAAACCCUCCCUUGUGGCCAGCAAGCUAGCUGGUUGAUGAGCUGGCUGUCUGCAUGAAACCACCUCAUUCCCAUCUCUUCCUUUUUUAACCUUCUGUUCUUCUCUGCUCCUCCCUGUACACUAAUAGUCAGUCUGAUGGCUCCGCAGGCAAUAGUAAUGCCAAGCUGCUGUCUUGAGUGUAGAUUGAAAUUCUGUAGUAUCAGAUUAGUCGUUAAAACCAAUGCACUGAUAAACAGACAUGUUUUGGUAUGGCAAUGUAAAGUCAUUUACUUGAAAAACAAAAAAGACAAAUGUACAUAAUGCCUAUUUCCUAUUGGUAGGACAGGACAAAACAAUGGACACUUCGGUGGGUUUUACCAUUUUAAUGUCUGCUUUUCCUUUCUUCACCUGAUUUCUCUUCAUACUGUAGUAAGUUUUGUAUUUAAGAUUUUUUUUGUUUGUUUCUUUUGAUCUUUUCAUUUGAAGGUUAAGACCACGGAUUAUGUUUUGAGAGGAAGUAAAGCAAAUCUGUCAAAUCAAACUGGGUUCUAAAAGGUUUUUCUCCACUCUGCCCUUUUUAACUUGAAUAGCCUUAAAUGUUUCUCAGCUUUAACAAUAGGAUUUGACUUGGGCAAUAUUUGCCCACACUGCUGUGACCUUUCAUGAACCUAGUACACAAUGGAAGUGACCCCAGGUGAAACUGGUAUUAUAUAUUUUUUUUUUCUAGUCCGUAUUAUAGAACCUUCUGUUGAAGACUUGGAUGAAGUGCGCAUGUGCAUAGACUGUUGAAUUCACUUUUGUGCCAUUUUGUAAAUACAAUGGUUUUGCACAACCUUUUUGCAAACGUGUACUAAUUUUUACAGUUUACAACAUCUAUAUGUAAAUCUGUAGCACAUUUAGCUCCUUUCAAUUCCCAGCAGCGUUUGUUUACCCCCCAGAUUCUUUUAAUCAUCCUAAAUUCAUGUCUUCAAAGUGAAUUUAUGCGUGACGUGGUUUUUUCUUUUUUUUUCACUUUUAGUAAAGAUGAAAACCUUCCAUGAAAUGCUUAUUAAGCAAGUCAGAACUGCACUAAUGCCUGUCCAUGCUGCUGUAGGUUCAUUUUUAAAGAUGGUGAAGCAGAUAUCCUCUCCCCACAUCUGGCUGACGUAGAGAUGCCACAGAUUGUUGGUCUGCAUGCCAGCAUAGCAAGACUUGCAUGCGUUUGUCCAUGACUCCAUUCACUGUGGACCUGCAUGCCACUGUUGUGAUCAGCAUGCAUCCAUCUGUGGCAGAAAAAGGGUAUUUUGGAAGACUACAGCACUUGUUGGGUCAUUGGGGGCAACGUUUAUAAUUGCAGGUAUUGCUAGACUACAUCUUUCCGAUGGUCAGGCUUCUUUUGGAGGUGUUGCUUAGUAACGGUUUGAAUACCCAGUGUUGCCAAUCCCAUGCUAGGCAUAGGUGCCCCAAUGAUAUACAGACUGCCUCACGUAAACAGUUUUACAGGGUUGUGACUGGCAUAAAAAUCCUCGAUGUGAAUUCACAUUUGAGACACAGAUGAUAUUUAAGUAAAACAAAAACAGUAAUUUAUAAAGCAAAAAUCUAUGGUUUGUAACUCUGCUAAACCUUUCAGGUGUAUAAUAUUACUGUGCUUAUUGGUGUCCUGCAGUCGUUAACUGGUAUCGACAUUUAAAAGUAGAUUAAUGUUGCAUAAGACCUCCAAUAAUGCUGGAUAUACUGAACAUUUAUGACUAUUGUUAAUAAAGAUUGCAACUGCACUUCUAA